AUGACCACUCUCAUCACAGGCGGAACAGGAAAGACAGGGUUACACCUCGCCAACCUCCUCCACCAAGCCGGGCACCCAGUCCUAAUCGCAUCCCGCUCCGGAACCGCACCCGCCCCAUUCCAAUCUUCCACCGUAAAAUUCGACUGGCUAAAUCCCGACACACACAAAAACCCAUUCACCAUCGACGCCAACAUCGAGCGCGUGUACCUUGUCGCCCCGAACCACGUGUAUGACCCGCUUCCUAGUAUGCAGCCGUUCCUUGACUUGGCGGUAUCGAAGGGCGUGAGGCGAUUCGUGCUGCUUACUGGAUCGCAGUGGCAUAUUGGAGAGCUUCCGCUAGGGACAGUCCAUCAGUACCUGCUAAAUCUGAACGUCGAAUACGCGGUUAUCAAGCCAACGUGGUUUAUAGACAACUUUGCAUCGCUGUUCUUGGCUAGUAUCCGGGAUAGAGACGAAGUUUUCUCUGCUGCGGGUGACGGGCGCAUUCCAUUUGUGUCAGCUGAAGACAUCGCGCACGCAGCGUUCGAAGCGCUCACGGCUAAACAAUCCCCCAAUAAAGAGUACUUCGUCCUCGGCCCGGAGCUAUACACCUACGAAGAAGUGGCGAAGCUGUUUUCCACCGUCCUAGGCCGCGAAAUCCGGUACAGGCGCCUGAGUGUCGAAGAACAGACGCAGAUUUUCGCAAGUGUGAUGCCAGCCGAGUACGCGCGCAAGCUGGCUGGAACUGAGCAAUUGGCAUCACAAGGCGCAGAAGAGAAGCUUUUCAGAGAGGGUGGGGAGAAGAGUUUUAUCGGGAAGCAGACCUUAUUGGGGUUCAUCGAGAAGAAUAAAAAUAUAUGGGUUAAGAAGGGUGAUGCUGCGUAG